AGGCUCUGGGUGUAUAUAAGACGGUGCAGCCAGCGCAGAGCUGCUCUUGCUGCGGCUGUUGCUGUUGGAGCCAGGACCAGGGUACACGGGCUCAGCCCCUUGGGACACAGAGACCAGAGAGGGAAGCGAAGAAGGCUGCUUAGAUCUGCGCUAGGGAAUCCUGGUUCACCUUUUGCAAUAGAUAUAGACACGGGAACCCCUAACUCUGUCCCCUGCCCCCAGACACACGCCCACGGACGGUCUCCUGCGCUCCAGCCCAGUGCCGCACGGGGCAGCCUGGCAGCAGGUCCCCCGCUGAAGGCGAUGCUUACAGGGAUCCUAGCUCCUGUUCUGGGAAGGAGAGAGUAGUACCCAGCAGAAAAGCAAGAAGGUUGUUGGCUAGAGCCGUGGGUGACUGUGCUGCGGGAGGACACCGCCUUUGCUCCGCCGGACACCUGCUGCAGAAGUCUCGCCACCAUGAUCCGCAUGGUCUCGCUGCUGCUGGGAGCCACGCUGCUCUGUGGCCACGGAGCCUUUGCCCGACGGGUGGUCAGUGGUCAAAAGGUGUGUUUUGCUGAUGUGAAACAUCCGUGCUACAAAAUGGCCUACUUCCAUGAACUGUCUAGCCGAGUGAGCUUCCAGGAAGCACGCCUGGCUUGUGAAAGCGAAGGAGGUGUCCUCCUCAGUCUUGAGAAUGAAGCUGAACAGAAGUUAAUAGAGAGCAUGUUGCAGAAUCUGACCAAACCUGGAACAGGGAUUUCAGAUGGUGACUUCUGGAUAGGACUUUUGAGAAGUGGGGAUGGCCAAACGUCUGGUGCCUGCCCAGAUCUCUACCAGUGGUCUGACGGAAGCAGCUCCCAGUUCAGGAAUUGGUACACCGAUGAACCUUCUUGUGGAAGUGAAAAGUGUGUUGUCAUGUACCAUCAACCAACUGCCAAUCCUGGCCUAGGAGGUCCCUACCUUUACCAGUGGAAUGAUGACAGGUGCAACAUGAAGCACAACUACAUUUGCAAGUACGAACCUGAGAUUCAGCCAACAGACCCCGUUGAAAAGCCGUAUCUUACAAACCAACCUGGAGACACCCAUGAGAAUGUGGUUGUUACUGAAGCAGGUAUAAUUCCCAAUCUAAUUUAUGUUAUCAUACCAACGAUUCCGCUGCUUUUACUGAUACUUGUUGCUUUCGGAACCUGCUGUUUUCAGAUGUUGCAUAAAAGGAGAGCAAGGAGAAACCUCAUCAAAGACUCCACUCCAUUAUCAUCCGAGUGCCUUGCAGAAAGUUUAAAUUCCAAUCUGUAAAGGAAGAACAAAAACUAGCCCGAACCAGUCUACACUGUGGAUUUCAAAGAGCACAAGAAAAGAGAGUGGCAUGGAAGUAUAAUAAUUAACUGACUUUGCUCCAGAAAAUAAAAAUAGUUUUGUAAUUCUUGAUCAGUGUAAGGAAUGGCAUCAUUAGCUUGGAAUGGCUUGAAAUCUCAAAGGAUCUACAAAAUGAACUGUAAGCUCCCCCUUGAGGCCAAUGUCAAAAUAAAUUUUAUAUGUUCAUAGUUUCACUUGCAAAAUAUACUGUGUUAAUCAUGGAGUGAGACCAGCUUACUCAGCUAAAGGAUGCACCCUAACUUCAUGUAAAUGAAAUGGAUCAUACAGAUAAAAUCUCGGUGGGCACAUCUGGAAUCCCUGUGUUGGAAGUAGUUCCUUUCACCUUUUGUCCCCUUUAUCAUUUUGAUCUAUUUCAUGUAAUAUAAAUUGUAUUCAGAUUUACAGUGUGUAGAAACAUUGUAUCUUUGCAAAAGUGUUUGAUAAAAAUGGAUUGUUCUAAUAUUUACAUUUAUGGCACUUCAUUUUUACAUGCAUGCUGUUUGAUUAAAUACUGAAUUCACACAGACCCAAAGAAAUCUUUCCAUAGGGAAAACUUUUUUUUUUUGUUUUGUUUUGCAGGAAUAGUUCAUGUUCUUUACAUUUUUCUGCUUUUGGUUGCAUAAGGUUUAGGAAAUCUCUUCAGAAAUAAGAAACUGUUUCAUUGACUGUGCUAAAAUCUCCUGAAACACUUUACUUAGAGGCAAGAACUGUCUAACUUCAAUUGUGCAAGACACGUGCCUUACAAUUAUUCUUAGUUUAAAAUUAAACUGAUUUUUGUAAUAAAAUAUCUUUACUAAUAGUUGUAUAGAUACCAAUGUAGUUUAUCUUGAAAAAAAAAUUGUGUCCACAGUACAAAUCACAGGUCUUCACAUGUUGCCUAUAGAAUUGCAAGUUGAGUUGUUCUGUGAGUGUCUGGAAUCAAUGUGGCUCCUCCCUGUCAGCCAAACAGGAUGGCUGUUUAAGGAUUUGGAUUGAAUUUAGAGUCAGACCACUGCAGUUUGGCUAAGGUUUUCCUAAGUGAAUUUGGCUUGUAUUGAUAUGUAGGGCUGAAUGUUUUUCAGCAGUGUGAUGCUAAGCAGAACACACAGAUUACGAACAAAACAAAACAAAAAUUACAAGUCACACCAAUUAAUGGGCCAUGGGCUGGAAGUCACUGAUGUUUGGAUAUCUUUGGUGAGGGUUUAUUUAUGAUCAUGAACUGUGGCUCCCUUUUGUCUGAUCGAGGUUCUUCAACAAAGUAGCACUUGUUCUUCUCAAGAGAGAGUUGUAACUAUUUUGUCUUUGAAUGUCCCUGUGUUACUUUUAACCAAAUAAAAAGUUCUUGUUUCUGAGGAAG